GUCAUCGUCCGUCUCUUGUCGGAGAGGUUGUGUCGUUGUGACGAUCUCGCGUCCUGUUACGUUCGUCUGACAUUGGAAAAUCCAAUCGAGUGAUUCAGUCUUUACCAACCGAAAUCAGUGUCGUUUUCAAUCCAUAUUUGCGUCAAUAUUUAAUAUCGCUCUUUAAUAAUAUUUUUACUAAACAAAAAGAAGAAAAACGUGUUCAAUUCAAAUUAUUAUAAUUAGUGUCGUCGUUUUAUUUACCUUUACGUGUUAAGAUUGUAAUUGACAUGCUUAAAAAGUUUUAAAGAAAAGUGUUCGAUAUUUAAAUAAAGUUCUUGGUGAGAAUGAAAUUUAUUGUGAAUUUGGAGUAUCAAACUGUGGACUUGGUUUUGCUUGGACAAUUUUAAAAAGGGACGAGGCGUAGGAUGGGCCGGACCGUGCGAGGAGUCGUGCUACACUGAAGAGGAGGAGCUCCCUGAAGACGAGAGAGAAGGAGGAAGGAACGAAGGAUGCCUGCCUCGCAGACCGCCGCCACGGAGCGGCGAAAUGAGAGGAUGAUUACACAUGAGCCGCCAAAAUUGAAAACCACCCUGAAAACGCCUCCAAAACAAGCAACUAAUCCUCUUCAAUUCGUCAAAGUUGGACCAUGUUCCUUGUAUCGUACCGCCCAGGAACAGCUGCAAAAGGUUCAAGAAGUAAAGAAAAUAAAACAAGAGGUCCGGGAUGACCCCGAAGAUUGGCAAUCGAAUUUGGACAAUUGGAAAAGCAGUCGAAGGAAGCGUCAAGAGCACAUAAUAGAGCGGGUGGUGGAGGUGAAGAAACUCGAGCUGGAGGAACAUGAUCGGCAGCGUCGUCGAAGCAAAACUUUCUCGGAAAUGAUGGAGGAGAGGGGUAAUAGGGGCCGCAAACUGAGUAUCAGCUUGGCCAUGUACCAUGAGGAGGAUGCUAAUGACCUGAGUGACCUUGGAAUAGGCACCAGCAGUGGAAAGAGCUCGGUUAGCGGCGACACUCACGAUGACACGCACAGUGUCCUGAGCGACAGAGACAGCGAAAUAGAGAAGAACCAUUCUGAUUUGGAUAACGUACCAAGCGAGAACGUGAUCGGCAACGAUAUAACAACAUCCUCAUCUACCACCGUAUCCGCGGCGACAACGACGACGAAGAAACCGUUCGGCAAUGGUUUCCAUACGAACCACAACCACAACAACCAGGAAUAUGACUCAGCAACGACAGCGACGACCAGCUCCCCUGAACCGGAAGAAUACACGUACGAGGGUGCGAUCCGCAGCUAUGUAUCCAGAGUAUCGCAGAACAUACCUAGAAGAUCCUUAGCGAGUCUGGACGCGAAGCUGGACAGCGCGAAAUCAUCGACGAACGGUUCGAAAACGAGUUUGAACGACGAGAGCAAGUCGACCAUACCGGUGGUCAAGGUGGACAUACUGAAAAGGCGGGAAAUCUUCGAGAAGGCGUCGCUGAAGAGCAGCGAGGGCAAGGCGAACAAUAGGCUCUCCGGCGAUUUUACCGGCACGAAAUCGAUCAAGGAAAGGCUGUCGAACCUGGAGAAGCAGAAGCACGAGACAGAGAGCGUUGAAAAGAGUGGGAAGUCCCUGAACAGACUGUCGGGCGAUAUGAGCUCGAUCCGCGAGAGACUGUCCCACCUAGAGAAACAAGCUUCGGAGCGGGAGAGUAAGAACUCCGCUCAUCGCAAGCUGAGCACCGAGGAAUUGGAGACUGUCAGACCACUCAGGGAGAGAUUAUCAACGCUGGAGAAGUACAGCAGCAGUGACGAAUCAUCGGCGCCAGGCACCGCUCACGAAUCCCGGCACAAUGGCGAAUUGUCCGCUAGAACAAUAAAGGAUCGCCUAAGUGCCCUAGACGCGGUUAGAAGUAAAGAGUCCACUGACAAAAGAUCUUUUGUUGGGAAACAUUCGCUAUGUUUCCGGGAUCAGGAGAAUAGGAUCGACACUUCGACUCCGAGCGAAAGAAGCUCGUCACCCGAUUCCGAAUAUCGCGUGCCGAGAGCUGCCUUCCACAGGAGCCUGGACUCGCUGGACGCCGAUGCUUCGAGCGGUCCCGACACCUUCGAGCGUGUACAAAGUCUAGAAGAGCUCGACUAUGGCAGACGCUAUCCGGCAUCCUCGUCGUCCGCGGAGCUUCUUAACGAUACGGACCGCGAGGAUUCCGGAAUCCACACGGCUGACGUAAGCUGCUCCGUCAGCCAGGCCGACGAACCGGUGGACGAGGACAUUGUGCACGCCAGCGCGAUCAUCGAGAGGCAGGAAGUUAUCGAAGAGAAACCAGAAGAAUCCCGAGACGUUGAGACAGCGAAUGAACCCGUAGCUGAACAGAGCACCCCCAUACCUGAGAUAUCGACGAUUUCUGCCAGCCAGCAGGACGCAGUAGUAACAAAGAAGGGUACUGCUGACACUUCUGGGGAACUGUCGACUAACAAAUCACAAUCGCAAGCUCACAUAGAGGUUACUAACUCUAGCACACUUCGUUCCUGUCCCGCUACGUGUCGCCCUAUCGUAUACCAAAGUCCCAAAGUACCUCCGCGAAGAACCCCGCCCGAAACGCUUCCCAAACCAAAGUCAUCGCUGCCCAAAGAGCUCACCGAUGCCAAAGCAGACUCUCUAUCUACCAAAGAAACGAAUAUAUCGACAAGCUCCAAACUCUUCGCAGAGGAACAAGACUCUAUCCGCGAUACAGACGAAACGAGCCAAAGUUCGAAAGAGGAUUCUGUUAAAACCGCUAGUUCAUUGUCAGUGUCGCUAGAUUUACCCGCGAAAGAUAGCUGUCCUGUGUCUUCUGGUAGGACGGCGACCGUUCCAACGACCCUUCAAUUAGAAUCUAACACUACCUCAGCUUUCAUCCCUUCCACGAAGGAAGUCGCUAAGACCACACCGGUCACGUCCCCCAGGUCGGCAUCCAAGAUCCCCACGCCGCUGCCUCGGAAGACGAUAAGUAGCAAAUCGUCACCGACAAGUUCCACGUCCUCCCUGAGCCCGCCCGUCUCACCCUCCUCACCUAAAGCGCCGAUAAUCAAACCGAGAACAUCGAACGCUAAGAGUCCGGUCAGUCAGAUGUCUUCCCCCCAAUUCCCGAAAGCGUCAGAGAUACCUGUCCCGGUUAAUACCACCGGCCAGGUGUCUGGCAGUAUUCCAUCCGGCGUACCGUCUCCUUUGGAACCGUCGUCCCCGAUGUCCUUCGCGAAACACGUUCCAUCAUCCCCCCUGUCAUCCAGCACGAAUCAUCAGGUGACGGUGGGUGAAGAGACACUGGCUGCCGAAAGACGCCGAACGGUGGUGGAAAUUUGCGAAAAGGUGGUGGUACCUCAGGGCAAGACUCCUACGACACCUACAGUGACACCGUUCAUCACCGUGGAUCGCGUGACACACAAGCAGAGCCCAGCGACCGAGGAACCGAUCGUUAUCGAGAAAGCGGACGAAGAGGAGGCAGCGACGAUUUUGUUACAGAUCUUGCCGCUGAACCUCUCCAGCGACGAAGAGAUUGUUACUGGUCUGUCAUUUCCUCUUGGACCACCUACCAGUGUAGAACCGCCGAAGGAGAAACCACCGCCACCGCCCGUAGAUGUCAGCGACGAGGAGAGUCUUCCAAUAGAACCUUUGAAGAGAUUAAAUUCCACCCGCAGAAUCAAGAAAGAAUUGCGAACGAGGCGUUCGGAUUUUCUUGGAAUCGAAGGAGUGAAUGACGACGAUCUGGAGCGCGAGCUGACGUUGACGAAGCCACCGGAUAUGGCGGCGAUCCUUGCCGAGGAGAGGCGCAUCGAACAACUGCAUCGUCGCUCGUACGACACCGACAGCAACUACGAACAAGACUCCAGCCACGAGAGAGACUCCGGGGUUGAGUUGGGCCACGCGGAGGACUGGACGAAGCAGCCGGUUAGUCCGGACAUGUCCCAGCACAGUCGUCAAAGCAGCGAGCCGUUUGGCGCGAGCGUGACCUCGUCCGAGGAGGACGAGAUCACGAAGAAAGAAAGGGAGAUCAUCGAGGCCCUCGAGAAAGAGGAGCAGUGGCGGUACGGGAACAAUUGUGAGAUGAACAGUGACUUGGGGGAGAAAUUGGCACACAAGCUGCGCAAGCUCGAAGAGGAGAAGAUGCAGUUAGAGCGAGAACGGGCCCAGGAAGCGGUCCUCCGCCGACAGGAAGAGACCAUGCGCAAGAACGAGGACAACAUACGCAAACAGGAGGAAGCGUUGCGCAAACAGCAAGAGGAAACGGCGAGGCAGCAGGAAGCAGCGCGCGCCGAGAGCGAGGCGAAGCGAGCCGAAGAGAAGAGGCAGGAAGAGGAGUUGAGGGCGCAGGCGGAACAGUUGAGGAUCCAAAAUGAGAUCGAAGAGGAGAGAAGGGCCGCGGAUGCUCGACGCAAAGAAGAGAAACGCAUCAGGGCUAUGGAGAGUCAGAUCCGCGAGCAAGAGAACACGACAUUGGUUGGUGCUGGGUUGAACGAUGAAGAAGACGAGUUUGCUUCUGGGGAAGUGCUCAGAGUGGAAAGAGAGUUGCUUCAAUUGGAGCAGGAAGAAUUGAAACGCCAACGCAAUAAUCUGGCGUACCGUGAACAGAAGCAACUGAAACUGGCCGAGCAAUUGCAGGAACAAUGGAAAUCGUUGCAGGACGUUGCGCACAGUUCCGCAAAUAAUAUCCAGCAAUACAAGAAUCAGCCACCGGUGAAUUAUAGGUCAUCGAUGCCGAAUCUUCAGCUACAAGAUGUGCAAAGAAGAAGACCGCCGCCACCACCGAUACCACCAGCGAAACCAUUGCGUUUGGUGGAACACAGACAAAGAGAUGUCACCAUUAGGAACAGCAGGAUACCAUCCGCGGAUUCGAUUCCGCAACAAGUGGACGCGCCCCUGCGACACAGUGCAUCGGUCACAACCCUUUCGAGCCACGCUGGUCAACAGAUGAGUAGGCAAACGUUGCAAGCACUUAGCGCGGUUCCUCGGCCACGAAUCGUUCAAAGUGACCAGUGGGUCCAACGAAGGAAGAGCGACGUGCCGCGAGGUGCCCACGAUUUGAAUUACCAACAUUGGCUCAUCCAGGAAGCGGAACAGAGAAGGAUUAGCGAGAAAAAUCAGCGAUCACCAGCGCGGAAAUCUCAGAUGCACGUAACAGGAACGUCCGUUCCGUAUGCUAUGGCACCGACGAGAACGGACAGUAAACCAUUACCGGACUCCAUUAUACAAACUCUUACUCAGAGAGUACAGAACAGAGCGCAAGAAAAGCCUCUCCCACCAAGAAGAAGACUAGAACACAGCACCAGUCACGAGCACCUCACUGCGUUGCAACAUCAAUCUCCACAGCAUGUUCUGCAACAACAGAAACCUCCACAAGCACCGCCUAUGAAUCCCGAGAAUCAAGAGAAAAUGUUGAGCGUUAGUGGGAAGAAAAAGUGUUCGCAUUGUGGGGAUGAAUUGGGUCGGGGCGCAGCUAUGAUCAUCGAAAGUUUACGGCUGUUCUACCAUAUGGAGUGUUUCAAGUGUUGUGUAUGUCAUGUGCGGCUUGGUGACGGAUUAAUGGGAACAGACGUGCGCGUUCGAAAUCACAAGCUCCACUGCCAUAACUGCUACUCCAGUGACGACGGUGUCAAGUUCAGUUGCGUGUGAGACCCGGAAGUAGGACUACGCUGACUAACUUGAAUAUAGCACUUUCAAGCUAUAUUUUAUAAGUUAUAGUUGACCGUUUAACUACCGGUAUCCGCGUGACCACGACACCAACUAUUCUUUCUGUAAAUAAAACUCUGACGGUUGGAAGGAACAAGAGGAACGGCUCUCCGUUUCCGUCACUGUUCCUUCCAUGCACUGUAAUCGAUCGCGGAGCAUCGUAAUUUCAAUGUAACACACCGAUUUGUUUUCAUCGACUAACAGUAGAACGUACAGAGAACUUGUAAAUAAACGUGUAUUUAUGUAAUUAGCAUAACAAUAGGGAAUCAAUGGAGCGACGAAUCACAAGACAGCCAUAUCGGUUGUCCAUUGAAAACGAUUUAGGGUAAUGUCGGCAAGAGUUCACUGUAUAUUUUUGUAUGAUAGUUAUCCCGUGGUAUUUAUAAGAGGUCCCUGAUGCGUGACAGCUAUAAUUACAAAAACCAUUUCUACCCAUCUUCCUUUUUUUUCGUCCAUCUUGCUACACUAUUUGUUCUACUCAAAGCAUCUCUUCGAACGCUUGGCAAUUAGUAGAUUCCUCUGAAUCGAAUCGAACGAUCGUUCUCUUUCCCUACGAAGAUUGUUCAGACGUCUAGUUGACUAUUACGUAAAACGCAGUGACUAAAUGUAGCUGUAUACCAAGAUAUGAUUUCUUCUUUUUGUCUUUUCGCUCGAAAAAAUUGACGCGUCACGUACCGACGACAUCGGAAGUGUCUCCCCCGCGAUAGAUGAUACUCAUCGUCGUUCGAUACCGCGUCGAAUUUACUUACCUAUUGUGAAAUAUUGUAUGAUACGGUCUCGUGUUAUUACAACAUGUAAUUUUAUAUUAUCGAGAAUAAAUGUUUAUUAUAGCGACCAUGGCGUACUUGCUUCGACUACCUUCCAAGAAAAAUGUUUUUUAUACAAACAUGCAAAAAUAAAAUGAAACAUAAUUUCCUUAUCCUUAAACAAGCAUUAU